CCUGACUCCAACCCAAACGACACGACACGAAUGGCAGCGGUAGCGACAGCACAAGUCAACGGUAACGGCGAGGCGCACAUUACGACACCAGCACAAGUGGGCAGCGGCGUCCCAGCGGUGUCUUGGCUGGGCUCGGCGGUGUCGUCGGGAUCGCAAUCUUCGCCAAUGAACGGGUCUGCUGCAAACGGCGUGCCCAACGGCGCGACGAACGGCGGUAGCACGUCGAAUGGCGCGAGCGCCAGCGCCGCCGCCCUGCUCGACCCGACGGCCCAGCACCUCCUCUACGUGCUGCUCGACUCGAACCUCCCGACGGGCGGGUUCGUCGCGUCGUCCGGGCUCGAGUCGUACGCGAAGCACGGGUUCCUGCGCCCGCGCGCGGCGGAGCCGUACGCGCCGGGGCAGACGAGCGCGGUGGGCACGGCCGAGCUCGCGGCCCCCAGCAGCGCGGCAGCGAUGGGGCCGUCCAAGGCCGGCCCGGCGCUCGUGGGGUUCGCCGACGCCGAGGUGGAGAACUAUGCCGCCAGCACGGGGUUCUACGUCGCGCGCGGGUGGGCCAUCGUGCGUGAGCAUGCCGGGGAUGCGGACGCCGGCGCUGGCGUCGACGCGCUCGUCGCCCUCGACAAGGCCCACGAGGCCACCCUGCUCAGCCACGUCGCCCGCCGCGCGUCCAAGGCGCAGGGCAUCGCGACCCUCAGCCUCUACUUCCGCGGCCUGUCCGCGCCGCCGGGGUUCGAGAGCGCUGCCGACGCCGCUGUGCGUGACCUGGUCGACGGGUACCGCAAUCGGAUUCGCCGCGGGCUCGCGCCGGGUCACUUGGCUACGUGCUGGGGUGUCGUGACUGCCGCGCUGGGCAUGGACCUUGAAACAUCCCUCCACCUAUACACCUUCACGCACACCCGCGCCCUCCUCUCCUCGGCGGUCCGGCUGAACAUCAUCGGGCCGUACCUCUCCACGCAGCUCCUCUCGCACCCCAUGCGCGACCUUCUCUCGAAGACUACGGGCGCGUCGCCCGCCGGGCCGGGCGAGUCGGCCGGCGACGCCGACUGGAGCUGGGCCGACGAGGCGGAGCAUGGGCCUGCGACGACUUGGCCGCUGGGCGAGAUUCUGGCCGCUAGGCAUGAUUUGCAGCACUCGAGGAUAUUCAACAGCUAGCCGACGCCGAGCGGAGCGAGGCGUAGGCAUGCUGGCGAGCAGCGAAGCGCGGGGGGAUGGCUGUUCGAAGGGGAGUGGGGAGGAGAGAGGACACAGGUGGCGGCCUAUACAAACC